GUGGAUUUAUUUGGUCAACCUUUUCGAAUAUGGCACCCGUCCAGUCAAGACUUCUAUUUGCUCUGGCAGCUGGUUCAGCUGUUGCUGCAAUGGCUGCAGCUGUGGCAUACCACAAGAUGAAGCGUCGCCGUACUAAAAGAACUGUAUGGGUCAGAAAAUGGAUCCAGAGGAGAAAAACAAGGGGAUCGUAUGCCAUGCUAGUAGAUGAGUUGCGACUAGAGGAUCCAGGAUCAUACAAGAAUUAUUUGAGGAUGGAUGAGGAGACGUUUGAGCACCUAGUUCAACUGGUGACGCCUUACGUGGCAAGGGAAGACACCAACAUGCGCGAGGCAAUUACUCCAGCAGAACGUCUGGCGGUUACUCUAAGGUUCCUAGCCACUGGGGAAACUUUCCAGAGUCUUCAGUUUUCAACACGGCUGAGUCGCUCAACAAUCGGUGCAAUAAUACCAGAAACGUGCUGUGCAAUCUACGAAACCUUAAAGAUGGAUUAUAUCAAGGUGCCGUCGAACGAACAAGAAUGGCUCAAGGUUGCAGAGGAAUUUGAAACAAAGUGGAACCUUCCCCACUGUUUGGGUGCAAUGGACGGAAAACACGUUGUUUUCCGCCCACCAUUGCGCUAUGGCUCCUAUUUCUACAACUAUAAAGGCACCCAUAGUAUUGUUCUGUUUGCAUUGGUUGAUGCCGACUACAAGUUCUUGAUGAUUGAUGCUGGAACCAGUAAUGUGGAAGACAAGUUCAAUGCAGACAUCCUCAAGGUUAAAGAUAGAUUUAAUUUGUGGGAUUAUGAGAUUGACAAAGUACUAGUUGAAAUUAAAGAAGAGAUCCUCAAGGUUAAAAACAGUUCGUGGGGUGCAGACGUUAUAACAGCGAGUAAAGUCAACACUAAAGUGGAUCAACUUGAGAUAUCAGUGAAUGACAGUUUCACCAAAUUAGAAACAUGA